AUGGCCUCUACCCACAGCAUCCGCCGUACUCGUGCUACCGCCGAACCAGAAGCAACAAACACCAGUGAAGAAAACCGCGAAACGCGCACCCCUGCCACUGAAAGUGCGCAACAAGCAUCAACCUCUCCUAUGGAACCAGACUCUGAGCAUAGUUCAGAAGGGGACACCUCUUCUGAAGAUCUGAAUGCAAUUGAGGCCGAGAAGAUAGCUGUGACUAGGAGAAUUAAGAAGUUACAGGCUGAGAAGGAAUUGCGAGAACUCCAACACCGGUGCAAUACUUACUGCAAGAAUUGGAUGAAACCAUCCCAGCCACCCGAAAUACACUCAAAGCGCAUCCGAACCAUGGUAGAGACGCAACUAGCACGUAGUCGGGUACCACUUUGGCAAUUAGAACUUCGAGAUCCCGGCAUGAGCGGUCACCCUCCUCGGAGAGAUGUGGAAAAGUUCCGAGGCCAAAGCAUGAAAGAAUUUGAAAACUUUGUUACAGCUGCUAUCGCUUUCCAUGCCAGUGAUCUUGAUUAUUACAACGAACACGACCAUCGGAAGGUCAUCGAAGCCGUCACUCAUUUCAAUGUCGAGAUGCAACAACGUUGGUAUCAACAUACACAUGAUAUGCGGAUUUUGCCACCAUGGGAAGAAUUUGUUAGCUGGAUGCAAUGUCAAGUCACCGAUCCAGAUAAAAGUUUCCGAGAUGCAGAUAGACAGUACUGGAAAACAGAGCAACAAGAAGAUCAGACAGUUCAACAAUUUGCUUCACAUUUACAAUCAAUUGAAGGGCGUCUGCGGCAUCCUUAUAGCGAAUACCAUCGGAAAUCACACCUCUACAUGAAAGUUCUACCUUCCAUUCGCCGAGAAUUUGACAAAUAUGCAACCAAACUAGAAGAGUUAAGCUAUGAUGCCACUCUUCACAAACUUGCAAUAGCAGAAUCAAAUCUGCCAGAAAGACGGAAGAAACUUAAAGAGAAGUCAAACUUCAGAAACCCUACUCAAAGCUUUAACAACAGAAAUAAUGCUGGUAAUAAGCCACAAAACAAACGCAGAUGGAAUGACACUACAAAGUCCGAUGACUCCACCCGAUCGAAAUAUUGCCGUUAUUGCAAGCGACCAGGACAUACCGUCGAUUCAUGCUUCAAACGACCCAAAGAUGAAUCCAAGAACACUAAAUCCGACUCGAAACUCAAUGCGAAAGAUACGAAGAACACAAAGGACUCAAAAAACGCUUAA